GUUAAUCUCAUCGUUUCCUAUGACUACCCCGCUCCAUUAUUUUUAUCCAACCCACCAACACCAAGGAGGGCUGUAUCCGUAAUUCUCCUCUUUCCCUUUAUUUACUUUCACUUCCGAGAGUGCACACUCCUGUGAAGCCACUAGAGCUGCACAUAUCAAUCGAGUGCAGAAUUCUCGGAUCUCCCGACAGCACCAUGACCGAACCCCGUGAUUCGACCGAGACGUCUCUGCCACCCUACGACGCGAUAUCGCAGCCGUAUCAGGAGGUGUGCCCCCCCACGACCCUCGUCAUAGUAGGCCAGUCGAUCCACGCUCUGACGGCAGAUUCGCCGGUACUGUAUCAUCUCAGUCUCGGUAUUUCAGGCCUUUCGGAUAUCACCACGGAGGUAGAGCUCUCGCGCGUUGAGCCGAAGCAAGAUGGCUCGGGACGCCAACGCCAUAUAUAUGACUUGCGAUAUAUGCGCUCGGGACCUGGUGGCUACGUGAAGCUGCCGUCCGACUCGCCUCACUACUUUAUCGAGCGUGCAAGCCGUCGCGUCCCGGGUCUUCAGGAUCUGGGCCUCAAGAAGAGCCGCUUGCCGGGAAAGACAUGUACGACUGUUCUGCCCGUUGAUAUAAGAGGCAAGACCAGCAAGUACAGCAUACCCAACUUUGUCAAGGACAGCGCCCCCGUGUUCAGUAUCAACAAAAAUAGGUGGGCGGAUGCGCAAGGGGCUCUGAUUGCCUCCAUGCAUGAUACCACCGAGCACAGCCUGGUCGUCACGGCGGCCCUGCCGCGCGCCCAGUUUGACAUGCUCGUAGCACUAUGGUGCUGUAAGGUAUGGGAGUCUGGGGUUGCCAAUGCCGAAAAGGUGCACGAGGGGAUCGACGGAGUGAAGAGAAAGAUGCGGCUGGCAAGGGAGUUUGGCAUGAGUAGCUCAACCAUGGGACCCGGAGGAGCGUCUGGAGCGUUUUGAGCUGGCGUGUACGGAGUUCAGGAUUCAAGACACAACCAGACUUUCUAGAUACGAAUACAUCGUCCCUGCACUACCUAGUCAUUGUUUUGAACCUUUGAAACAGUCCUUUCUUUGUGGGCCAGUGACCCCUGAAGUCGGCGGGGAUAAUGAUAUGGGCUGUCGGUUUUUGGCGCAGGGGCUUCCGAGGCCGGGACUACGGAAAGGCAAGUCCAGCGAAGGAUGGGCGUGUGGUAUGAUUCCAAGCCGGAGGAGGUCGUCAAUGCUGGCUGCAUAUCUUUCAACCCAUCUCACCCAAUCUACAUGACAGACUCUAGAACCGUCGUCGCGAUAACCGCGAUAGACAUCACGCCCCAAGAAGCCCGUAGGGAGCCAGCAGCGUUCUUGUCUUUAUCACCCGUCCCGGCACUGUCGUUGUUGCUCCCACCAGACCGCGGUCUCUCGGCUACGUCGCCGGGGCCAGCAGCCCACGCGAAGCCCGACAAGACCUUCUCGGAGUAGCCCGGGGUUGACGUGCCCAUCGUGCCGUCGUCGUUGGUCGUCGAGCCCUUGACACACCUGGCCCCGUUCCACUUCACGUCCGCCACCGCAGACCACAGGCUAGUCAUAUUGGUCAACGUGUCCCAGGUAUAGAAUAGCUUGCAGUUGGUCGCCUCAUAGUGGAAC